AUGCGUCAAUACCUCUUGAGCGCGCUCCUCGCUUCUGCAGCGGGCACCGUCCUCGCGGACGACCCGGCCGUCGAGUCCUAUGACUACAUCGUCGUCGGCUCCGGCCCCGGCGGCGGCCCGCUGGCCAGCGACCUCGCCCGCGCCGGCUACUCGACGCUGCUCAUCGAGGCCGGCGACGACCAAGGCAGCAACAAGGUCUACUCCGAGCUCAACAACUUCAACACGGCCGGCAACGACGAGCGCUCGCUGUGGAACUUUUGGGUCAAGCACUCGGACGACCCGGAGCGCGAGCGCAAGUUUGAGCACUACGUCUACCGCCAGGAGAACGGCUCGUACUACAUCGGGCUGGACCCGCCCGCCGGGGCCAAGCCGCUCGGCAUCCAGUACCCGCGGGCCGGCACGCUGGGCGGGUGCGCCAUGCACAACGCCGGCGUGUGCUCGCUGGCCCAGGACGACGACUGGAACAUCAUCGUCAACAAGACGGGCGACACGAGCUGGGAGGCGCCCAAGAUGCGCAAGUAUCUCAUCCAGGUCGAGAAGAACCUGUACGUGACGAACGGCAGCACGCCUGAUCACGGCUUCAAUGGUGAGUUCCACUAUUCUUCUUUGGCGCAAUCGAACGAUAGCGAUGGUAAGGCUUACGUGUCUGGCACAGGCUUCCUCUCAAUUGACACCAGCGAUGCUCGCUGGGCCAGGCAGAAAAACAUGCCUGCUGUCAAGAUCCUGCAGGAGAUGGCCAAGCUAACUGGUCAGAAUGAGUCUGACGUUGCGAACCUCGUGACCAAGGACAUCCUGGGGAAUUACCCCAACAAGGAUGAGCAGAGCAGCUUCUACGCCAUGGCUCAGCACAUGGACGCCCUGGGCCGACGCUCCAGCCCCAACACCUACAUCCGGGCGACGCUCAACGACCCGGCCAAGUACCCGCUGACCGUGAAGCUCAAUUCCCUCGUGACAAAGGUGCUCUUUUCUAAAGAGGGCGAGACGCCCGUCGCGACUGGCGUCGAGGUCAUGCAAGGCAAGUCGGUCUACCGUGCCGACCCGCGCAACAAGCCCGACACCAAGGGCCCCCUGGUCCAGUACAAGGCCAAGAAGGAAGUCAUCGUCUCGGGCGGCACCUUCAACAGCCCCCAGAUCCUGAAGCUCAGCGGCAUCGGCCCCGCCGACGAGCUCAAGAAGUUCAACAUCACCGUCGUCAAGGACCUGCCCGGCGUUGGCGAGAACCUCGACGACAACUACGAGGGCAGCCUGCUCGCGCUCGGCAAGUCGCCCGUCGGCGGCGGCUUCAUCACCAUGCUCUACCGCACGCCCAACGCGCCGACCAAGAAGCGCAACAUCUUCACCUGGUGCGGGCCCUUCUCCUUCGAGGGGUUCUGGCCCGGCUUCCCGACCGACUACGGCCAGAACGAGUACGAGUGCGCCAUGGUCAAGAUCGGCACGACGAGCCGCGCGGGCUACGUGCGCCUGACCAGCGCGGACCCGCGGGACCCGCCCGACAUCAACUUCCGCUUCUUCGAGAAGAACGGCGAGCAGGACCUGCAGGAGUUCGUCGACAGCGCCAACCUGCUGCGCAAGGCCUGGCAGGCCGCCGGCGACGCCGUCCUGCCCUUCAACGAGAAGCACCCGUGCCCCGGCACCGGCGCCGGCAACUGCACCGACGCCGAGCAGCGCGAGAUGAUCAAGACGCAGGCCUACUCGCACCACGCGACGUCGACGUGCGCCAUCGGCGGCGACGACGACAAGAUGGCCGUGCUCGACUCCAGGUUCCGCGUGCGCGGCGUCAAGGGCCUGCGCGUCGUCGACGCCUCCUCGUUCCCCGUCGUGCCCGGCGCUUUCCCCGUGCUGCCGACCAUGAUGCUCUCUGCCAAGGCGGCAGAGGUGAUUAUUGCCGAGGCUGGCAAGGUUUGA